UUAUGGUUCGUUAUAUGCAAACCUCUAGACGUGGAACCAAACGAAAUUCUAAAGAAGCAGCUAAAUCCGAGUCGAAACGUUCAAGAAAGUCAAAGGCGGUUAUUGAUGAAUCCAACUCUUCCUCUCAGGAUUGGAGUGUGAAUACUUCGAACAUCCACAUCAAUCAACUUCCUUCACAUGUUUUGGGCAAAAUCUUUUCAAAUUUGAAUACAAUUGAUCAUCUUCGAAUCGAAAAGAUUUGUAGACAUUGGAGGCAAAUUGCUAUUUCCUAUAGUUGGGACAAUUAUGAAAUGAUAUCUUAUUCACAAGUUUUCCAAGACUGUCCAGCUUCAAAGGUUACAAUGUAUUCAAAUUAUUAUGAAGCGUGCCCGUCAUCAUUUAAAAGUCAUCGAUUUGGUUGGUUUCCGUCUUGAUCCAAAAUUA